AUGUCACGAUUGAAUAAAUUUCACUUUAACAUUCGUUCAACUAUUGCUCUUCGGAAUCAAAUUAAUUUACAAUCAAAUGAAGAUAUUCAAUAUACAUUCAAAGAUUUUCGUGAUAAUCAUAUUAUUUCUUGUGUUGAUUAUUUUUCAGAGACUCGACAAGGUCAAUCUCAUAUCUAUUCAUAUCCUUAUACAUUGGACAAUUAUCAUAGAAUAACUAAUACUUUUCCAGGCGGAUUAUUUAAAUGUAUCUCUAAAAUAUCAUUAUAUGAUGAACGACCUUUUGAACACGAAUUUUUUCUUCGAAUUGCUCAAUCAUUUCCAUUGGUAAAAGAUUUAACUUUGGUUAAUGUGAAACCUCAAAAUGGUAAAGAAACUGAUGGCAACCAAAAUUUGCCAAUCAUUGAAUAUGCUCAUCUUACCACGCUUGAUCUUAUUAAAUCUCAUUUCGAUUAUAUCGAACAAUUUCUACUUGAUACAAAAACGACUUUGUCAAGAAAUGUUGAUCUUUCUGUGGUUUAUCAAGCACUGAGAAAAGUAACACAAAAAUUUGAAAGCAAUGCUACACGAAGCAAUUGUUCGAAAUUGAGUGGUUUAGCUAUUGUUGGCCAACAUCGAAUUCCUAAAUAUGUACAAAAAUAUUUUCCUCAUACAGAAAUAUCCAUUUGUUAA